AUGGUAUAUCCAGGUUUCUGGUCAUUUCUGUUUUCUUUGUUAGACACAGUGUCGAUUCAAAAUACUAGAUUUACUGUACAACAUGAUCCUUCCGCUACUACAAUUUCUUCGGAAAUCACUAAUAUUAGUCAAAAACCGCGUAACAGAUAUGAGAUUCUCCUCUUAACUGAAUGUGUCGCCAUACAGUCCAUUAUAAAUAUCACGGUCGAAGAUGAGGAAAAUAACAUAAGUUCAACUAUGUAUCUCAAUAGAACCUUGCAAAAUAAGAUCAUUGUGAAUGGCACAUGUGAACAAAAAAGACAGGAUUUGACAGUUUCAUGGUCGCCAAAUGUCGAUUUCUUAGACUGGAAACUUAUAUUUGUGUUUGGAGAGGAUUCUGAAAGAUAUGAUCUGGAAAGCAUAGGUAUUACUUAUACAGUUGAUAAAGGCAAUGAAAUUGAUGCUAAUACAGAUAGAGGUUUGUUCACUAUUCCUGUCGGUGGAUACUAUGAAUGUGCCAAUCAUUUACAUAGAGAACUAUUCGUGGACGAUAAUGAUAAUAUAAAAAUCAAUAUUAAUUUUUUAAACUCAUCAAUGGAAGCAUUCAGACUUGAAAAUCGUUCAGAAUUUAUGGGUCUUGCCAUAGACUGUCCAUUGAGUAUCAUAUGGUUAAAGAAGGUUCCAACAAUUGAAACUGGUCCGCUAACGAGAGUGAGUAUCCUUAACUUAUAUCAAAUUGAACACUUUUCCUCAUUGGCUGAGAAUCGGUUCAAGGUUGGUCGUAUAGUUUACUUCCAAAAAAAAGUAUAA